AUGGAAUUUGAGGAUCAACUUUUACUCUUAAUGAUUUUCUAUUGGUAUGUACGUCGUAAACGCAACUAUUUAUCUAGAGUUAAAGAUAAUACAUCAACUCUAUCUGGUGCAAGAUACACUUUGGAGUUGUUAUAUGGCUCAAAUCGACAAUGCAUAGAGUUGAUGCGGAUGUCUCGUGAUGCAUUUGUUCAUUUGUGCAAUCAUUUUAGACAGAGAGAAUGGAUUAAAGAUAGUAAGCAUGUAUCAGUUGAAGAAAAGAUAGCAAUGUUUUUAACUAUCAUAGCACAUAAUGAGCGAUUUGUUGUCAUGAAGCGAAGAUUUCAACACUCUUCACAAACUGUUCACAAAUAUUUUCACGAGGUUCUUGAAGCAAUGAUGCAUUUUCCAAAAGAGAUGAUAGUACCCACAGUUGAUCUUGAUUCCAAUAUUCCAGCUGCUCAAAAAAAUAUUAGAAAAAUUUUCAAGGGGACAAUUGGUGCACUUGAUGGAGCACUAGUGCAUGCUGUAAUCCCACUUGAUAAACAAACUGCUUAUAGAGGAAGAGGAAAGGCACAUGAUUCGCGAGUUCUAAAAGAGAUAGUAGCCAAUCCAAAUGAUUGUUUUCCAUUUCCUCCUCCAAAUAAGUAUUACCUAUGCGAUGCAGCAUAUCCAUGCUCUCGGGGAUUUUUACCUCCUUAUCACAAUGUUCGAUAUUGGUUAGGAGAUUAUCGCCGUAGGCGUGCUGUAACAAAAGAGGAGAAGAAGGAGCAUAUCAAUGAUGAAUUAUUCAAUCAAUUUGAUCAACCUCAAGUAAUCUUUGAGGAAGGACCAGAAGAACAAAUAAUGGAGGAAACAAAUGAACCCAGUUGGAAACCAGAAGAUGCACAGUUCAUGAACAAUUUGAGAAAUGAACUUGCAUUAAAGCUAAUGCAAAGAAGAGGAAAUAAUUGA